AACAAAAAGGCCACCUUCUCUGCUAUCCGCCAUCUUGCACACUAACCAUGCAACUCUAGGCACGCUGAAUUAAUCCCGGAUAGGGAGUCAGGAGAGGAUACAUAAUCAAUCCGCAGCAUCGUCAACCUAAGAGAAGUUGAUUAAAAUGCGAGGAUGGAGCGUUGUGCGACCCAUACCUUUGUGCUGCGUAGGCUUUCGCAAUCGAUUUGGUUAAUUUGGUAUUAUUUGGGCGUUGUUGCUGUGUGUCUACCUUGCCACCGCAGCUACCUCUCGUUAGCGUCCAGGACAAUGUAAAAGCCCCCUUAGAAAUUAUUGGUUAACUUUAGCCAUCAUAACGUUAGGUGAUGCCCGGUAAUCACGCAGUGUGUAGUAUCCGAUUGGGGUUACGUGUUAUUCUUUUAAAAAAUAUGCACUUAGAAAUACGCAAUGUUCUGUUUGUAUUAUGGACAGGUGGUAAAAAGUUGGAUGGGUUAGAACCAGACAAUUCAGCCUGCAAGCUGGCAUGACGUAAUGUCAUGGGAUCACUUUUGAAUGUGAAAUACCAGUCCUAAGGCCUUCAUAUUCGUGUAACAAAUCCAAGUGGACGACCAAACAUAAUUAAAAAGGCCACAUUUUCUUUUGACGGGCCAGGCCCUUCUCAAACUAUACUAGCCAGGCAUGGAUUUCCCCUGGCACAGUGGCAAGGUUUUGGAGCAGUUAAACCACCAGCGUCAGCUGGGGUUGUUGUGUGACUGCACCUUUGUGGUGGAUGGCAUUGACUUCAAAGCCCACAAAGCCGUGCUGGCAGCUUGCAGUGCAUACUUCCGCACUCUGUUCCUGGAUCAGAAAGAUGUUGUGCAUCUGGACAUCAGCAAUGCAGCAGGUCUGGGUCAGGUACUUGAAUUUAUGUACACUGCCAAGUUGAACCUGAGCUCUCAGAAUGUGGAAGAUGUCUUGGCUGUGGCAACAUUCCUGCAGAUGCAAGAAAUUGUCAAUGCCUGCUCAGCCUAUCAAACCCUGGCCGUCUCUCCAACUGACACAACUACAGCUCAUGACUCCACAACUACAGAUAAUGCUGAGGAAGGUGGACAGAAGUCAGAUUUGGACAAACCUGUGACGGAGGAGGAGAACAGUGCCCCACUAGUGAAUGGGGCAUCUGACAAGCAACCCCUCAGCGGGCAAGGGCCUUCCUCGGAAGCCACAGAGGAUGAGCAGGCAGCGAUCAGCAUUGCGGAGUGCUCAACCGCUCAGGUGAAGACGGCUGUGGCCCGAGCUUCCCGCAUGCCCAAAGCCCCGUCUUACACCAAACCCAGGAAGGCCGGGGUGACAUCUGAAAAGAAAGGUCAAGCGGAGGAGGAAGAGGAGGGUGCAGCUAAGGAAGUUCCAUUUCAGGAUGACCCCUCAGAUGCUGACUACACACCUAAGGUCCCAUACAAAUCAUCAGCAGCAGCUAAAUCCUACAUCAGCACUCGUAGGAGCAGGCUGAGGACUGCGUCAAAGCGCCUGCACGCGCGGGGUCGUAAUGGCGGCGUGGAGUCAGAGGAGACCAACACAGCUACCGAGGGGAACAGCGCACAUGCGGCUGAGGAAGAGGAGGAAGCUGGAGAGGUGGAGGAUGAGGAGGAGGAAGAGGAAGGGCAGGAGGAUGAGAGCGGAGGCGAGGGCAGGUCAAUCAGGACAGGGGCCAUCUCUGACCGGAGCGAGUCCCGAGCAUACAGCUCCUUCACCCAUAAAUGUGAGGACUGUGGGAAGAAGUUCACUCACACGGGCAAUUUCAAGAGGCAUAUCCGUAUUCACACGGGUGAGAAGCCCUUUAGUUGCAGAGACUGCCACAAAGCCUUUUCGGAUCCAGCUGCCUGCAAAGCACAUGAGAAAACACACAGCCCACUGAAGCCGUACUGCUGUUCGACGUGUGGUAAGAGCUACCGGCAGAUCAGCCUGCUCAAUCUGCACCGCAAGCGGCACACAGGCGAGGCUCGCUACAGCUGCGAGGACUGCGGCAAGCUCUUCACCACGUCGGGCAACCUGAAGCGCCACCAGCUGGUGCACAGCGGCGAGAAGCCGUACCGCUGCGACUACUGCGACCGCGCCUUCUCCGACCCCACGGCCAAGAUGCGCCACCUGGAGACCCACGACACAGACAAGGGGCAUCGGUGCUCCCACUGCGACAAGAAGUUCAACCAGAUCGGGAAUCUGAAGGCUCACCUGAAGAUCCAUAUCGCAGACGGGCCACUGAAGUGUAAGGAGUGUGGCAAACAGUUCACCACCUCAGGGAACCUGAAAAGACACCUGCGGGUUCACAGCGGGGAGAAGCCCUAUGUGUGCAUGCACUGUCAGAGGGCAUUCGCUGACCCGGGAGCCCUGCAGAGACACGUCCGAAUCCACACAGGUGAGAAGCCUUGCCUUUGUCUCAUAUGUGGGAAGGGCUUUGCUCAGGCCAGCUCUCUUAUCGCUCACGUCCGGCAGCACACAGGAGAAAAGCCCUACGUCUGCGAUCGCUGCGGGAAAAGGUUUGUACAGUCCAGUCAGCUGGCCAACCACAUCCGACACCACGAUAACAUCCGACCACACAAGUGCCAUGUCUGCAACAAGGCAUUUGUCAACGUCGGCGAUCUUUCUAAGCACAUCAUCAUUCAUACAGGUGAAAAGCCCUUCCUGUGUGACAAAUGUGGCAGGGGCUUCAACCGCGUGGACAAUCUGCGCUCGCAUGUCAAGACCGUUCACCAGGGCAAGGCCGGCAUGAAGCGGCUGGUGGUGGCCGAAGGAGAUGGAGAGGGAGACGAUAAACUCCAACCAGUUUCCACUUCUGCCUCAGAGCUGGACGACAGCGAGGUCAACAUAGUCACGGUCACCACCGAUGACAUUGUGACCCUUGCUACAGAGGCGUUGGCAGCCAGUGCCGUGGCACAACUAACAGUGGUACCAGUUGCAGCAACCGUGUCAGCAGACGAAACAGAAGCCCUGAAAGCAGAGAUCACCAAGGCCGUGGAGAAGGUGCAGGAGGCAGACCCCAACACACAGAUCCUGUAUGCGUGUGACUCUUGCGGUGAGAAGUUCCUGGACGCAAGCUCCCUGGCCCAGCAUGUGCGCAUCCACACGGCACAGGCCCUGGUCAUGUUCCAGGCCGACUCCGACUUCUACCAGCAGUACGCCGCGGGGGACACAACCUGGCAGACCACUGAGCAGGUCAUCCAGGGCGGAGAGCUCCUCUUCCGCACGCGAGACGGCGAGGAAGAGGUGGAGGCAGGGACGGACGGAGAGACGGUGGCACUUGAGGAAGGGCUGCGUCCGACAGAGAUUAAAGAGGAAACAGUGACUGAGGUGGAGGGAGGAGGGGAGGUGGUGGAGGAGAUGGACUGCGAUAGCCAGACUUAGGAUCUCA